AUGUGCAAAGAUCCACAGAACCAUGGGCCCAGCAGUUAUUCUCUCCUGCGUGACCUGCCAAUGCCAGUCCUCCAUCGCAGCUCGGCAGCCCUUGCCCCAGGGCCAGGCAGCAGUGGCCCAGGGCCCCACGUCUACUUUCAGAGCCCCCCUGGGGCUGCAGGUGAGGGCCCAGGUGGGGCGGACGACGAGGGCCCAGUGAGGCGCCAAGAGAAAGUCACAGUCAAGUAUGACCCCAAGGAGCUAUGGAAGCGCCUCAACCGGGAGGAGUGGAUCCUGGAUCAGCUUGCUCGCCUCUAUGACUGCCAGGAAGAAGAGAUCCCAGAAUUGGAGAUUGAUGUGAAUGAACUCCUGGACAUGGAAAGUGAUGAUACCCAGGCCGCCAGGGUCAAGGAGCUGCUGGUUGACUGUUACAAACCCACUGAGGCCUUCAUCUCUGGCCUGCUGGACAAGAUAUGGGGCAUGCAGAAGCUGAGCACACCCCAGAAGAAGUAGGGUCCUCGGCCCAGGUGAACGGUGGCUCCCACAGGACUAUCGCUGCCCCCCGACCUCGUAGCAACAGCAAUACCAGGGGGCCCUGCAGCCAGGCCUGGUGCCAUGAGCAGGGCUCCCCGUG